AUGCUUAGGAAGGUGGAUUCUUCCAAUUUAGUUUUACAGGCUUAUUUGAAAACGAUCAAUCCCUCUGUUGAGACUAGAAUUUUGUCGUCUCGAAUUAAAGAGGGUCCAUCUAAACGUUUGAAGAAGAUAGAGGAAAGUCCUACGAAACUGAUUGAGGAGAAGAAGAAAACAAAGUCUCCAACGAAGAAACCAACAAAUGACGUCAACGUUUCGAAGCCUAAGGAUACCACUGGUGCAACAAAGCCCGGUGAACCUCUAAAGGAGGUAGUUCCUUCAAAAACUGGACUCAAGAAAAUAGGAUCCACCAGUAACAACAUCUCAAGCGAUACUUCAAAUGUCAAAAUCAUUAUUGUAUCAUCCUUAGUUUCUCAACCAGAACCAAUUAUUGUUUUUCUUCCAUUGAAAACAAAUGUUGCAACCACUCUGUUACAAGGAACACCUAUCAUUGUUUCUUCUACUUUCGAAACUUCCACCAUAGAUACAACAACUACUUUACCUCCUUUUGUAACUGCUCUGCUUGAUACACAUUCACCAACUUUCGAUAAUAUCCUCAACCAACCAAUUACUUCCUUAUUUUCUUCCCAAUCUACCGACCCACCAGUUACUACUACAGAAGUUCAUCAUUCAUCUAAUGAUGAUGAAAAUGUUGUUGAUGGAACAUUUGGAGAUAUUCAUUUUGAUCCUGAAGAAGAGGAGAUUCCUGACAACAUGAUACUGACUGGCAAACAAUUCAAAAUCCUGAAUCAGAAGCUUAAUUCAUUAUUGCAAAUUCAAGCUGAUGGAGGAGGGAAACAUUCAGAACUUCCAGAGGAUAUGAGCAAAGACAUUGAGGUUGCGCAAAAAGAUUAUGCUUCUAUUAAUCAAAAGAUGGACAUAAUUGUGGAUGCAGUGACAAAAUUUGUCAAAAUUUAUGAAGUUCUUGGCCCUAAGGUUGAUCAAAUGUCAAAAGAUGAAGUUCAAAGCUUUUCGGAAAUCAAAAAAUUGUUGACUGAAUUGAAAGAAAUUGUUUCGAAGCCAGGAUCCUCUCCUUUAAUCACCCCAUAA